CUCGCUUAUAAAACAUGUUUGCACCCACGUUUCUAGAGAAUCUGUAGCUAAACAAGUAAAUUGCAAAGAGUUUUCUAAAGUAGUAUGGACGAUUCUGCAGAGCUGAAUAGACCAAUAUUGAAGGUGAAAAGCAUGGCUCACACUAGAAGACAGAAAGAAAAUGACACAUUUGCAGAAAUUGCUCAAACUCUCCCGACCAAAGAACAUGCAAAAGACCUGGACAAAGCAUCUGUUCUCCGAGUGGCCAUCAACUUUAUGAAACUGCGUACUUUUAUUGGAGAGAGCGGUGAGGAACCACCUGAGACUGAGACUGAUGAAGAGGAGGAGAGCUCUCCCAUUGGGGAAGAGCAAUGUGUUCCAGAGGUCCCCCAAGAGCCAAGUAUCACUGACAUUCUGCCAAACUUCUCCAAAGAUGUGAUGCAGGCAGUGGACGGCUUUGUAAUGGUGUUCUCAGCAGACGGACAAGUUUUGUACAGUUCCGAAACCAUCGCGCAAUAUCUGGGAUUGAGACAGGUGGACGUGAUUGGCGUCAAUGUGGGGGACAUUCUCCACCCCCAGGAUUGCAACGAGCUAGGCAGCGUGUUCCGGACACAGGGACAGGACUCGGAGCAGGUAUUGGACCAAAGUGACCCCCUACGAAGAAAAUUCCUCGUUAGGAUGAGGUGUGCAUUUACCCCCAGUGUGAGGUCCAUUACAAGGUGCUCGAACUUCAAGCCUGUCUACUGUUCCUGUUACCUCAAGUUUGCUCAGAGUGGACCACGGAAAGGUCAGUUCAUCGGCCUUGUUGCACUCUGUAAGCUGGCAAACACCAACAAAAUUCGUGAGAUGGUGGUUGGAACUUUCUUCAAGUCCAAACACUCGCUAGACCUCUCGUACAAGUCCCUGGACAGGAGGAUAUACUGGAUUCUUGGUUACGAUCCCUCUGAGAUGGUUGGACUGCGUGCCUAUGAGUACUUUCACCCAGAAGACCUCACAGCCACCUCCAGCUGUCACAUGAACCUACUGUCGAGAGGCGAGUCACACAGUCCUUGCUACCGCAUCCUCUCUCGGUGGGGAGACUGGAUGUGGGUGCGGUCAAAGAGCUACAUGAUGUAUAACCAGCGCAACCAAUUGCCAGAGGGCAUUGUCAUCUACACAUGGGUUGUGAGGGUGGACGAGGAAGAUGACCGAAUGGUGGCCAUUAAGAACGGAGAACCGGGAGAGGAAAACCUAAAAAAAUACGACUCCUUCAAUACUGAGGUGUCUUCUUCUGAUGGAACCCUCAACAUUUCAUCUCUCGUUCCCUUGAAAACAGCAGAGAAACCCAGUGCCCCCAGCCCCAUCCCUGAGCCACUGGUUUUGCUACCCAACCCACUACAACAGAUCAAGCGAGACGUCAGCCCCCCUAGUGGUGUGAGCACACCCCCUGAUUCGGCCCUCUUUGACCAAUCAUCACCAUACAUGGCCAAUCCUUUCACUCUGCCCAGUCCUCCAAACUCCAACAGCAGCUAUUGCGGUUCACCUGAAAGUAACAUGACACAGGGCCAGAUGAUGGGAGGAUCACCUGACAGUCACAUGACCCAACAGAGUCCUCUGGUUGGAGACCUUAACGACUCUGUCCAUGUUCAGUCCUACAAGCUGAGUCCACCCUACACCCCAUAUGCUGAGACCAGCUGCAUGUACCCUAGUCCCCCUAUGCUCACUCCGGCAGACACACCCACCUUCAAGUACAAGUUGGAGCAAGGGCUAAGUCCUGACUCGAGCCUCGAGAAUGUGUCAAUAGCAAGCUGCUCUUAUACGUCAUAUCAAGAUCCUGGAGCUAAUAGCAUUUACCCACCAGACACGUUUGGCAUGGAGCUGAUGAAUGAGCAGAACUGCAGCAGUACCGUCAUGUACACAAAUGAACAGCCGAUUGAUUUCAAGAUGAAUUCUGCGAAUACCACGGGAGUUACACAGCGUACAGUCAACGAUGCCAGGCUACGAUACUCAGGGAGUAUGCCGGGUCGUCAUGGCACUAGCACCGAGGAGACAGAGAGAAUCAGUCAAUGGUCCCAAUGGCUAAAAGGAACAGCCCCUCCUCCAGUUUUCUAGUUGGAACACGAACACACCAAACUAUCGCAUAUAGUUACACACACACACACACUCACAUUCCCUAGACUCCUAGUAGAUCUAGACCAUACAUUGUAUAUAGAUAGACAAGUACUCAUUAAUUUCUUUUAUCCAUCACCUUUUUCCCAUCCAAACAAUUAUAAUCCAAUAAUUUUGUUUUACUUAUAUACAACAAAAAGUGUGAACCUGUAAUGAA